AUGGGAAACAUGCUAGGUAGCAACACUAAGAGCGAGGGUGGUUGUGGAGAAAGCUCUCAAGAGCUUACAAAAGUACGCAGGGUAUCUGAGCAGGCCCAGUCAGGGAGCUCCCGAGAGGGGCCUGUCAAGGGGAACAAAGAUGCUAAGGAGAAGGACGGGGCUCUAGCCUCGGAGUCGUCUGACUCCGAGGACGAGGGAAAGUUGAAUGGCAAGGAGGCCAAAGAGACCAGCUGUCAGGAGCCCAAGUCGCUCGAUAAGGAGUCACAGGGUUCUUUUCCAGCGUUGCGCCGCGAAUUGCGCUCUGCUCAACCUGGUCUGCGGAGGAGUGGGGAGCUCCUGAGCGCUCCCCGGCGCGAGAGGGAGGCGAUCCCUCGCCACGAGGCGGCCGCCUGGGAGCUCUCUCCCCUUUCGCCAGAACAGGAAGUGAUGCACGGGCCCCCAUUUUCCGCCCAAUCACGGCCGCCGUCUUAUGCUCCGCCGCCGGCGGGUCGGUAUUUUUACAGGAGGCUUUGGCAGGGGGGACGCUUGUCUCAUGAGGUACAUCCACCUGGGAUAGAUAGUGGCCCCUACGGGAUAUUUCCUGUACAAGUAGCUAUGGGCCAGGGACGCAAUGUAUGGGAGCCUUUUGAGAUAAAGCAGAUUAGAGAACUUAAAAAUGCAGUUACAACCUUUGGGCCGACUGCGCCUUACACCAUUGCCAUGCUGGAGAAUCUGUCUUCUGGGCCCCUCACCAGGGCGGACUGGAUUCAGCUGGCAAAGGCGUGUCUGCCCUCGGGUAGUUACCUGGAUUGGCAAGCCUGGUAUGCAGAGUUCUCUGCAGAACAGGCUGAGAGAAACGCCAGUCGGGGAAACCGGGGGUGAAACAAGAAAAUGCUUAUGGGAGAAGGUCGGCACGCUGAUGAUCAGACUCAGUUCCCCGGCGCUGUCUAUGAACAAAUCAAUGCCAUAGGGCUCCGCGCCUGGAAGCAGGAACCGGGACGAGAACCACUGUGGGUACCGGAGAGACUGACACGGGCGACAAAGCCCUCGACUGAAGAUCAGACCUGCCCUACCGGAGAUCCAUCACAGACCAACCAACAAGAUGAAUAGAAAUAGCGGUAGCCCGAAAUGGACAAGAAGAUCCUCAGGCAUAUGCAUGGCUUGCUCAAUUGGCCCACGACCGAGUCUAGAUAUGGCGGGCAUCCCUCAUUCUCCUCCAUAAGGUGACAAUACACAGCAGGGUAGGUGAGUCAAUGACGGGUAAGAGCGUGCCUCCCCGGUGCGACUCAACCUAAGCCAGGCCCUACCCCAUUCUGCACGUAAGCCGCUGGACUGUUAGAUGCUGCCCAGGUCUAAAUUUCUCUCCGAGGGGAUUUCUUUACGGAGAGAAAAUGAGUGCAAGCUUGUGUGCAUCCAGGUUCCGUCCAGUUUGUGCCUGGCCCUAAAAAAAGGACGAGGACCUCAGGGCCUUGGCGGACCAUGGGACGGCCGACCAGGGUCCAAGCCAAGGACCUACGGUGGGCCUACACAUAGGGCAUAAGCCUCUGCACCCAGUCCAGGAAGGGCUACGAUGCGCACAUUCAUAAAAAAUAAAAAAGGGGGAGAUGUUGGGAGCCGCAGCCCCGAGCCCGGUCGCCUCACUUGGCGGACGUGAGGCCUGUAGUAAAGAGUGAAGCCUGAGGUAGAUUACCCCUCCCAUCGAGCACGUUAGUUUCCUGCUUACCGCGUAAACAACCCGCUCAACAAUAUAGUCUGCCUGGCAACUGAUGAUGUUAGCCAAUCAGCUUGCCUUGUUUACUUUAACAUGAUUGGACACUGUAUCCGUAUAUAUACCGGUGCCACCCCUGGGGGGAAGUAGAAGCCCGGUAGAAGCCCGGAAGUAGAAGCCCAAAAGGAGCCGCGGGGAGCGGACCAGAGGAGGCUUCAGCUGGGAGCGGUCCCAGGGCAGGCUGUACGGAGAAGGAAAAUAAAAAAAAAGGUUGUCCACUGCCAGACUUUGUCGUGUGUCCUUCCUGCCGGCCGGGAGCGGACAUCGACAACAUAUUCCCCUCUCAAGCAGGAUUGUUGGGGAGUGCCUGGCCUGCGUGACGCUGCUGACCAAGACCCAGUAGGCUAGUCCAAACCAGGUCCCAUUGUUGGGAGGUGCACCCUAGCAGUGAAGUCUUCAGUAGAUUGACCUGGAGGGGAGGGCCCAGCAUAGGCUGUCCAGGUAUCUAACUCCCUAGUACACUGCAGUGGGUGGAAACAUCUAUGUGGUGCAAUUCAAACAACCUUUUUUUUUUUUAUCAGUACCAGGGAUCAAACUCAUGACUGCCUUCUUACAAGGGCAGAUGCUUAUGCUUCUGAGCUAGAUCCCCAGCCCAACUGUAACUGACAAAGAAAGAACCUGGGCUUCAUAUAUUCAAUUGUAUAAAAGGAACAAAAAAUAUGGGAAGAGGGAGCAACAAGAAAGGAUCCUCGGCCCCCAACCCUGAGAAACAUGCGAUAUCAGACAUGGCACCAAUAGACAUAAAGCGCUAUCUCUGGAGCCUUAUAGAUGAGUUCAGAAAUGAAGUUAUUAACAACCUGAAGCAAGAUAUAAGUAAAAUAGUUAGAGAAAUGCUAAACACCACCCAAGAAAAAAACAGAUGGUGGAAUGGAAGAUCAGAAAAAAAGGGGAGAAUUGUUUGAUAGAGAAAAUCGAGAAAACAUAGAAUAUGUGAAGUAGGUUCAAAGAGAUUACCAGGAAACAAAAAACUAUCAAAAACUGGCAUAACGGCUUAAAAGAAACUAAGGAUAGAUUAUAUGAACUGGAGGGCAGAUUUGUAAUAAGGGAGCAUGAAAUGAAAAACUUCCUAAAAAUAACAACAACAACAACAACAACAACAACAACAACAAAAAACCAAACAGCAACUAUACAAAGGCUAGAAGAUGAUAAGAGGAUCUAUAACUUAAGAAUUAAGUACAUAAAAGAAGAAGUAGGGACACAAACAAAUGGACUACAAAAGCUAUUCACAGAAAUAAUCCAAGAGAAUUUCCUGAAUUUAGCAAAUGGUAAAGAUACUCAGAUGUAUGAGGCAUACGGGAACCCCAGCCACCUACAACCCAAACAGAGCUACACCCAGGCACAUAAUAAUCAAAAUUCCAGAAAUCCAAUAUAAGAACAGAAUAUUGAAAGCCAUCAGACACAAGAAACAGAUCACUCACAAGGGAACACCCAUCAGAAUUAUAGCAGACUUCUGGGCAUAAACCAUCAAAUCAUGAAGAGCGUGAGGGAAAUAAUACAAGCUUUGAAAGAUAAUAACCUCCAGCCAAGAUUGAUAUAUCCUGAACAACUGUUCCUAGAGAUUGAUGGAAAAACAAGGUGCUUCCAGGAUAAAGAGGAACUUGGGGAAUUUGCAACCACCCAUUCAACUUUACAGAGAAUAUAGCAGGAUAUUCUAAAAAAGGAAAAUGCCAAGAUUCCAGAAAUAGUGGCAGAGAGGCCACAAUGAAUGGAGCAGAAAGCAAAAUGAAGAAGACAAACUGACAACAAAUGACAGAAAAAGAGCUCAACAGAAAUGAGGCAGAGAAGAUCGGAUGGUAGGAACAGUUAUUUUGCAGAAAACCAGACAUCAUAAUAGCUAGUACUGAUUUAGUAUCAUCUUGUUUUGAAGUCCCAUCAAACUUGUAUUCUUCUGUAGCAAUCAGGCUUAAAAGGUUGUAUCUUAAUGGAUUUUAUUAUAUAUGAUAAUAUAAGUAAAAAUGUUUAUAGACAAGGAGAUUAUACAGAAACCAUUGUUUAUUUUCUGUUAAUUGGUUCUAAAAACCCAGUAAUAAUGUCAUUCUCUUGAAUGAUUUUAUAGUGUCUUGAUAUGUUUGAUGCUACAGUAUAUGAAGUUAUACUCAAAGAUUUUAUGGAAAUAGACAUUAUGGUAACUAUUUUUAUGUUAGGAUAUCUUGUGGUGAAACACUAUCUUGCUUAAAUGGUUAUGUUUUGACCUGUGCUGUUCUGUUGUUAUGGCCUCUUUUAUUUCAAUCCCAUUUUUAAAAAAUUAUUUACUUUUUUCUUUUUAUCUUUUUAAUUAAGGGAAAAAUAAAUAAAAAAAGCAGGAUGCAUUAUAGUAACCUACUCUGAAUUCCUAUUAACUUGAUUUGAAAUUCUGUAUUGCCCUCACCAUCUUCUUUUGACUGAUUUUCCCGUAUUCUGCAUUGCUUGAUAUUACCAAUUUCGAAAGUAUAGGCAAUACUGUGAAGAAAAUAAGCUUCAUUAUGACACCCAUUCCGGUUGAUUAUCUUCUUUUAAAGUCCUGUAAUGUCCCCAAUGCUUUGGUUUUAUUCUUUACUGUUUUGUUCAAUUUUAUUGUAACUGGCAAUUCUUCUUAAAAUAGCAAGAGGCAGUAUGUAACCAUUGUUGAUCACCUUGUAUUUUGUUUUUACGUUAUCUGUUAUGUCCACCAUUUUGAUUUGACUGACUCUGUUCUGAUAUAUCACAUUUGGUUUUACUCUCUUCAAAAUAAGUAAUAAGUACUGUUGGAGUAAUAAUACCCAAAAUGUGUCAAAGAAAAGAAAGUGCUCUAAAGGUUAUAACUACAUAUAUGUUUAAGUGUAUAAGAUAACCAUAUUACUGAGUUUUUUUGGAUCACUGAACAAAACUGUUUGCACUCUCACUGUUUGCAAGUCCACAUUAUAUGCUUCAAUUUUGUAACUUGAACAACUAUUUCUAAGAGGAGAAUAUGUAAUCUAUUAACUAGUGAUUUCUUACUGUGUAUUUUUUAAAUUUUGUAUACUUGUACACUUUUUAUGCUUUUUUUCUUAAAUAAAGAAGAAAAACAAUUGAUUGAAA